ACUUUUCUUCCACGGUGUGAAAGUUAUUCCUGCGGGAGCUGCUGUGCUUCUUCAAGAGGCUUUUAAAUCACUUUGGAAAAUGGACGGAUAAACUAUGCCAAUGCAUCAUAUUUAGUCCUUUUAUUCCUGGUUUGCUUACAAACAAAUAAGAAAGUGCUUGCACAACUCGCUGACAGCGUUUAUUGACAGUGAGCCUCCAUUAGAAUACUUUUAAUACGGCGGUUAUGAGAAAUGCACGCAAGGAGCCUUUGUUUGUUUGUUUGUGCGCAUUUACUGGCCGAUAAUAUCACUGACUCCUGCGCCUCCGUCACAGCAGAUGGCGCUGCCGCGUUUGGCAGGAGCGGAAAACGGCGAAUGGAGGGAAAUUCUAUUGUGGAUGACAACAGUGUUUCGGGAUAACAGUGUUGUUCAGGAUGAACUUCAGCAAAACAUAGCCAUAAACCACUUUCCAGAUCACUGAACGUCUUUCUGCUGGACGAUAACACUGGAGAAAUAUGGGCGCUCACUGAGACUCAUUCAGCAGAAAUAAUAAUGUCCAGUGUCGCGGACUUAGAGACUUUACUGAUCGACGCGCUCAGUGACGCAGAUGCCAGGUGUGUAGAGUCUCUGCUGAGUCGGGGUGCGAACCCGAACAGGAUCGUCCGGGACGGUGUGGCGGCGGUUCAUUUAGCUGCAGGUAAAGAGUCUGAGAAAGGACUGCGUUGCCUCAAACUCAUUCUACAGCACGGAGCUGAUCCAAACCUCAGGACUACUGAAGAUCUGACUCCUUUACAUAUUGCCGCAUCUUGGGGGUGUUUUCAGAAUCUCAGAAUACUCUUAAGGAACGGUGGAAACCCAAACCUCACAGAUCAAGAUGGGAAUAAACCGUCGGAUCUGGCAGAGCAGGAGGAGAACAGUAAAUGUGCUAGUCUUCUUCAAGAGUAUGAAUCCCAUACAUCCAAAGAGGAUCAAGACGCACCCAAAUUCCAGUAUUCAAUCCUUUCUGGACAGUCCAUGAGUGACAGUUCGUUCAGUCCCGAAACGUCAAUGCUUAUUCCCCCUGGAGCAGAACCACUGAGCAGCACACGUCUGUCCUCUAUUUCCAGCACUUGUAGAGUCAGUGGAAAACCUUUGAACAGAGAAAGUCAGGCCUUCUGGCUGUCAGAUGUGUCGGAUCUCGAGUCACACGAUUCUCCUGUUUGCAGUAACGGUGAAAUGUGUAAGGAAUUACCGAUACUGUCUAGUACUUGUCUGUCUGCUCUGGACAAUAAGAACAAUCCAGAGCUGGUGUCCACAUAUCAGCGUCAAGCCGCAGAUAGUGACUGUGAUGUUUUGCAGACUCAGAAUAUCCCUGUUUUGUCUCAAUGGGAAAACCGGAGGAGUGUCACCUUCAGAGCAAGUAUUGAUUAUUUACCUGUUAGCAGCCCAGACGAUCAUCAGCAGUUCCUUCUCAAUCAGUCUAGUGAUCUUACAUUGGAUCUUUCUCAAUACCCUGAUUUCCUAGAUACUAAGCGAACGGCAACUGUGUUACAGAAUCAGGGAAUCGAUGUCACGUGUCCUGACGACGUAUUCAUUUUUUCCAAAGAAGUGGACACAGUGGAAGAUGAAUUUGAUAAGACUGUUGUGGGGCCUGUACAGCUUGAUGAUGAUGAUGAUGAUGAUGAUGAAAAUGAUGAUGAAUUUAAGAGCAUCAUUCAGCCCCACAUCAGUAGUGGAUCCAGCGAGUACAACAGCUGUGACAGUGACCCGUACCACAGUCCCAGCACUGAAAACAAGAGUCCACCUUCGACCAAAACCUGUGCCCAAAAAUCAGAUUUGACUGCAGAGCAAUGUGGCUUCCGUGCUAGAAAUAAAAGCCUUACUUUUGUUAUUGAUGGAAACAGACAGCAAAAAGAAGCAGUCAGGAGUCAUAUUGAACAAUCGAGUUUAUCAGCAAGUGGCCGAGAUGCUGGUAAGGUUGAGGUGACCAGUGCUGAAACUGAUUGUAUUCCAAGUCCUUUUGUCACUGGGAGAACAAGAUCCAGAUUGAGUCGUCAUUCGGAGAGAAUGAGCCAAAAACUGGCUUCUUUUCAAACCAGCUCUUGCCUCUUUGACCAGACGCUGCCCACCGCUACCCGUUUGCGCCGCAACACAGUUAAGUCACCUUAUGGUACAUCAAAGCACGGUCUUGAUGAAGACAAAGUGGAGGAUAUUGACUCUCAGUUGAGUUCUCUCAAGUUGUCCGUAAGCUCAGAUGGUCAAAGCCAAGCUGACACGCUGAUUUUAUCCGACAGCAUGGCUGACACAGUCUUAAUUUCAGAAAGGAUUGUUGAGUCACAGUUGGAAACUGGUGUCAGUGAGGCUGGUAAUAAGGGAACCGCUCCUGAACGUUUGACUGAUAUGCAAGAAGCGAAGAGAAACGCAACCGGAGCGCCACAGAUCAGCCCUGCUGCUGUAGGAGACAAAGAGGCCAGUGAUACGUGUGGGCUUGCCUCUCAAUGGUCUUUGCCGUUUCGGGUAGACAGCUCAGAAUCUGCCUCCAGUUUGAUAUAUGAAUCCCCAAAAACACAGAAGAAUCCAGGUGCCAAUCCAGGGCGCUCUGGAUGCACUCCUCGGUAUAGCAUGAGCCGACUGUCAGGUCGCUCGCGACAGGCGCCGGCAAACCUUUCUUGCACGCAUGGUGGACAGCCCUUAACUACUGAUAUGGACGGUGAACCUGUGGAAUACCUUUAUACUGACACUGAAGAGGGCCAUAAGCUCAUCGAGACCCAUGUUCCCCCAACGGCCAAUACCUCCUUCAGCUCUAGCAUGAGCACCAAUAACUCUGAAGACACACUUCUUUAUGAUUGGCGCUCCCUUCAGCUUGGCUCUACAAGUCCAGACCGUAGCACAGAAAACUACCGUCACAAACAGGAGAGGGAUGUUGGAGUAAGUGGCCUAACUGACCGGGAACUCAGAAGCAAGUUAAUUGAAAUGGGGGAAGAUCCAGGGCCCAUAAACAGUCAAACCCGCCCCCUGUACGUACAGAAGUUGAAGAGAUCCCUUCAGAAUACGCCACACAGCCAGAAACCAGUCGCAGUGAGCCCCAGUGCUGCAGGUUACAGCCCAGAACUCGAAAAUGUGCUUCACAGAUUCAUACUGCCUAAUUGUCAAGCAGACGAGCUGGCUCUGUGUGAGCAGUUUGAUAAGCCGGAUCAGAAUAAGAGAUGGCGUGAGGGUUUCAUUAAAUCCAGCUUUAACUACCUGCUGCUUGACCCACGAGUGACGAAGAAUCUACCCUAUCGAAGUCAGUCUAUGAUUCCUAAGGAAUGUUUUCAGACGUUCAUCAGUGCUGUUUUCUAUGUUGGAAAAGGCAAGCGUUCGAGACCUUACAGUCACCUCUAUGAAGCUCUGGAAUAUUUCAAAGGAGAUAAGACCUCGAAGAAACUCUGCUCAAAAGUGCAGCACAUCCUGCAGGUCUGGAAUGCUGGGCACGGAGUGAUAUCCCUGCACUGUUUCCAAAACGUCAUUGCUGUGGAAGCCUACACACGUGAGGCCUGUAUGGUGGAUGCCAUCGGUAAAGAGACGCUCAGCUGGGCUGGUUGGACGGUUCUAAGUGUUCUUUGCAGCACAUAUGUCUGUCUUAAUGUCUGCACUGUCAGCUGUUCACAUGUUGAUCUUUUAAUAGGGCUGAAGAUGCUCACAAACCAGAAAAGAGGAGACUACUAUGGUGUGGUGUCAACUUGGCCUGUGCGGAGAAAGCGGGAGUUAGGAGCUCACCUGUUGUACAGGGCGAUGCAGAUCUUUUUGGCUGAAGGAGAACGACAGCUCCGACCUGCCGACAUCAGAUGAACCAUAGACGCUGUUGCGUUACAGAAACCAUGCAGAAAUGACACUUGCGUAUUUUUUAUUCCAAAAGCAUUAACAUGUUGAUUCAGUAAUAUCAGUGAGUUAUAAUCAGGAACUGUGCAACUGCAGUGAAAAAGUAAUACUUUAAUAGUAAAAAGGAAUAAUAAAACAAAAAAAUACAACACAGAACAUGAGCUGUUCAUUUUCUAAAUUUAUGUUAUUAUUUUUUUAAAAGUUCUUAUUGCUUAUUGCAGUGGUUUUCAAACCGGUCCUGCGAGCACCCCCCGACGCUGCACAUUUUGUAGGUCUCUCAUAUCUGACACACCCAUUUCAGAUCUUACUGUCUCUACUAACGAGCUGAUGAGCUGAAUCAGGUGUGAUAGAUGAGGGUGUUGGGGGUGCUCGCAGGACCGGUUUGAAAACCAAUGGCUCAUUGUAUCGAUGCCCUGUUUUAAUGCAAAUAAUGAGCUACAUGCCAUGUACACAUCUUAGACGUAUUGGUAGAUAUUUGUUUUUAAUGCAUAUGUAGUUACAUUACAUAAAUCAUUGUGACACUUUUUAUGGAAACUUUAUCCAUUUUAUGAAAUUAAGUAGAUAUAAAGUGAUCUUUACAGUUUGUUUACUGACAUUUCUUUAGCUUCAUACGAGAUGUACGAUAGAACUGAUUAUUAUAUGAUUAAGCUAGUUAUUUUUAUACUCAGAAAGCAAUCAUUGCAUAAAUAAAAAGGUAGAGAAAAUCUUUGAGUUUGAUUAUUUCGAUGGAAGACAAAAUAAAGGUUAAAAGUAAAAAAAUUAUUUGAGGUAUGUUAUGUCCUACUCUGUUUUUAUAAUUAGUUUUCUUACCCUCUCCACAUUUUUUUUCUGUAAUCUCUCUCUUCUGUCGGUGCGCAUUAGGGCUGUGUAUUGCCAAGAAUCUGGAUCACGAUACAGGGGUUGCGAUACAAUACGUUGCGAUACAUUGCGAUACUGUAAACCAAGUGAUAUAUUGGGAUACUUCUUAUUUUAUGAAUAGGACAUAAUUUUAGGAAAGCUGUAAUUAAGAACACACCACCAUAUCAAACUAUUCAAUGUUAUUGAAUCACUUCUUGUGCAGUACCAGUAAAGGGGAAAAAUAAAGUGCUUGCAAGAUUCUUUAGAUUUUAAAUGUAUAAAAUGUAAGCUUUUAUGAACAGACCGUAUAUAUUUUUAGUCUCUGCUUCACAAUUUAAGUUUACAAUUGUAACCAUGUCAGAUCAUUUUGAUCUGAACUUAAGAAUUACAUCUGCUUCAUAUCAAUAAAAAAUAAAGUGCUUGCAGGAUUCCUAAAGAAAACAAAAGAAUUGUAAAACAAUAAAAUAAAAACAGA